CUAUUUUGAAAAUGUAUUAUGCGAACCGGAAGUGUCCGUUUCUGUUUUCACGUGUUGGUUGCAGGGAAAGAUGACGGACAGCGUUGCAUCGAAAAAGCCCAAAUUGUCCUCUUCUCAGUGCGAGGACAGAGUAGAUUGGAAGAAAUGGAAAGCGGAACGAAAAGAGAUCAAGAAGCAAAUCAAAGAAUCCAAGCUGAUUCAACAACUUGACAAACAGAAGCAAGAGGAGGAGGAGAAGACUGAGGCAGCACUGCAGCAGAGUCAGAGGGAAAACCGAUCAGGACGGUCGUACACAGUGAGCGUGGCCUUGCCUGGUUCUGUCCUGGACAAUGCCCAGUCUACAGAACUCCGCACAUACCUGGCUGGACAGAUAGCUAGAGCCUGCGUCGUGUUCUGUGUAGACGAGAUCAUCGUAUUUGACGAACAAGAUGAGGAUGUCAAGACUGUUGAGGGAGAAUUCAAUGGUGUCGGCAAGAAGGGUCAAGCCUGCAUUCAACUGGCUAGAAUCCUCCAGUUCUUGGAAUGCCCACAGUACCUGCGCAAAUCAUUCUUCCCAAUGCAUAAAGAUUUACAGUAUGCUGGCUUGCUCAACCCUCUGGACAGCCCUCACCACAUGAGGAAGGAUGAUGAGUGUGAGUACCGGGAGGGGGUGGUCCUCGAUCGGCCUAGCAAACCAGGAAAAGGCUCCUUGGUCAACUGUGGAAUGUGGAAGGAGGUGCAGAUAGAUAAGCAGCUACAGUCUGGUCUCAGAGUCACUGUCCACAUGAACAAGAUCCAGAAUAAAGAUGGUAGACUACACAAAGGGGUGGUGGUGGCGCCUCACAAGCCGCGAACAGAGGGAGGUCUGUACUGGGGCUACAGUGUUCGCCUGGCCUCAAGUCUAAGUAAUGUGUUCACCGAGUGUCCACAUAAAGAGGGCUAUGAUCUGACCAUUGGAACAUCUGAGAAGGGCAGUGAUGUUGACAAAACUUCUCUUUCUCCAUUCACGCACAUGUUGGUUGUGUUUGGUGGUCUGCAGGGCUUGGAGGCCAGUGUGGACGCUGAUCAGAACCUGGAGGUGGCGGACCCCGGUGUCCUAUUUGACCUGUACCUCAACACCUGCCCCAACCAGGGCAGCAGAACCAUCCGCACAGAGGAGGCCAUCCUGAUCUCCAUGUCCAGCCUGAGGCAGAAAAUCACAGCCGCAUUUCCAGACAAGUCGAACGGUUCAUAACAGGAAGUGGCUACUGACAAACCAUCACUAAGAGGAAGACUAAAGGAUCUAAAAAUAAUUCACUUUUUUGGGGACCUGGGUGAAGCUAACUGACCCAGGAGUCAAUUUAAUAUUUAAAUACUUCUGGGUUCGAAUGAAUGGACGUUGCUGGGAUUAUUCUGUGCUGUUUUUUUUAUUUAUUGAAGGGUAAGAGAUCACAGCACAAGUGAAGAAGAACCUAGUGUCUUGGCCAUGAGACCUCAUUCUUGGUGUUUCCUUAUUUACAUCCUCUCUCUUUGGUAGCAUUUUGCUAGUUAAAGCUAACGCUAGCUUUGCUCUGUUUCUACUAUCCCCUCUGUAUAGGAUUCCAGGUGAAUUAAGUCAUUUAUAUGCAUCAGUUUGUCAUUUGUUCUCAAGACGCAUUACAGAACAUACAUGAAGAAUAAGUUGCUGAACACAAUGCUAACAAUAAAUAAUGCAAUACA